UCUCCAGCAACUGGCGGGAACUCCCUUAUAAGCGCUGUGAAGUUUGGUAUAAACACUGCUCCAAGCUUCAGUCCAGCAGUACCAUUCCCGACAAAAUGAUGGCUACAAAUGGAAAAGAAACCUGCGAGGAAACAAAGACGAACGGCAUCGCAGUGGAGCCGUCUUCCCCGCAAUGCAAGGUGCUCCGAAACGGGCAACCGGAGCUGAGUACAACUGACAACAGCAGGUUUGCCUUCAGCCCGGAACCCACCAUGGAGGACAUUCGGCGCAUGCAGGCGGAGUUCACCGAUGAGCGCGACUGGAACAAGUUUCACCAGCCCCGUAACCUGCUUUUGGCCAUGGUCGGGGAGGUGGGUGAGGUUUCGGAGCUGUUUCAGUGGAAGGGAGAGGUGACGGAGGGACUGCCGGACUGGAGCGAGGCCGAGCGCGAGCAGCUGGCCCACGAGCUCAGCGACGUGCUCAUUUACCUGGUGGAGCUCGCUGAGAAGUGUCACGUGGACCUGCCUCGCGCCGUUCUCAAGAAAAUGGCGCUAAAUAAGUUAAAAUACCCAGCUAGCAAAGUGCACGGUUCGGCCAAAAAGUACACCGAAUACACGGACUGAAUACUGAUAACUGAAGGGACAUUUGUUGCAAUAAUGUCUGCUGCUACUCGACUGCCAAAUAUGGACUUUUAAUGUUACUAUUUUAGAGUUUUACAGUUCAACAAGUCGACUGCUGUGCUGAGGAAAAUAUUGUUUUUAUCCCAUAAGUUGGCACCCAUUUAAAGCACAUUAAGUAUGCACUUGAGUGAUAAGUUGGCUCAAAGUUUUUAAAUGCUGUUUUUAGCCUGAUAAGUAAAUUUUCACUCUCCCGGCAGAGCCAACUGGGCGCGUUGUGCCUUUGGGGGAAAAAGCAGUUUUUCUGUGACCUAUUUAGAUGUUCUGCUGCAAGUGGGACUGGCAGCAUGACUGCUCUGCGUCUUGAUGGCACCAGAAAAGUGUCAAAUGGGUGGUUUUGUCAUUUGAGUAUAAAAAAAAAAUGCCGUGCUGUGUGGGAAGUCUUUGUUCUUUUCUGUUGGGGCUGGGGUGUCAUAUUUUUGGUUGCAUAACUGCUGUCAUACAUUUUUUCCAAAAGUAAAAUUGGCAUAACUCA